AUGGCACCAGUGUACCACGACCUGCUGGUGUUCCCGCUCCACAACCAGAUGCUGGCGGUAAUUCUGGGCUGCUGCUUCGGCUUCGUCACCAUGACAGCCGUAAAGCUGAUCCCAUUCGGCAGCGACUCGGCCAUUGUGGUAUUGAUCUGUGCCACCUACUUCACUUACUACUUUCUGGACUCCAUUGAAAGUUCGGGCGUCACGGGCGUCAUCGUAUUCACCAUGGUGGUCACCACCAACAAGAUGAUCUCUUGCACUGAACUGGAGAACACCUUCGAAGAGUAUUGGGGAGUGCUCUUCGACCUGACGGGCACCUUCGCCAUGUUUGUCUGCGCGACGUACACUGCUUAUUUGCUGAAUCACUACCUUUCUACCCUCGAUUGGGGAGGCAUGGCGCUAUACUACGUUGCCAAGAUGGUUAUACGGUGCGCGGCCGUCGUUAUGCUGUAUCCCCUGGUCAGUCACUUCGGCUACCGUAUCACGCCCAGGCAAGCCGUGGUGCUCAUCUGGAUGGGACUCAAGGGAAGCUACACCAUUUCUCUGGCAUCGCUUUACCAUUUCGCCAACGAGGCGAAACAGACAGAGUCCAUCAACAAGUCUUUUCUGUAUGUCAUAUCCGACAUGGUUCUCACGCAAUUUAUCAACGUGUCCCUCCUGCCACACCUGCUCAAGGCCAUGGGAAUUCUGAAAGUGUCGGAAGUGGAAUUCCAGACAAUGAAUGAUGCCGUCACCUUCGUCCAAGAAACCGUAGACAGGGCAGCACACAUCAGCACCGCCGACAUUUACUUCGUUGUGGCUGAUAAGUCGUGGGUGAUGCGUAACACCAGGAUAAUCAAUCCUCUCGAAGGCAGCUACAGGUUCCACAGGAGACUCUUGAAAAGAAGGGGACGCGGUGGGCAAUCCAUGUCGCAACAGCACGCCGAACUUUUUGCGGUCGAGAACGUGCUCCGAAUUGAAGCGGUGAGCUAUUCUCGGCAGCAUCGUCAGGGAAUCAUUCAAAAAAAGACCAAGAUGGCUCUUCUGGCAGCUCUGCAGUAUCCGUACGACAAGAGAAUAUAUCUGGACAUGGACAUCAUCGGAUCGCUCGUCGAUAUUCCGACAUGGAUCUUGCGAUUGAAAGAUUUGAUGGGCGACGUCCCGCACGAGGAAACCAUCCUGGAGGACGACUCGGCGUCACUCUCCGAGCGGAUCCUGAAGCCGUUCAGCGAGAAGCUGAUGGACCUGUUCGAGCACGAGUACUACGAGGUGAUCAUCACGCAGACGUCUCUCGCCUUCGUGCUCGGGCUCUCGGGACUCCUGAUGGCGCUCCAGGCCGACACCCUGUUCUACUACAAGCUGGUGCUGGCCUCCGAGGCAGCCUACAUGGCCUUGUACGUCGCUGAGGUCCUGCUCAUGGUUUCGGCGUACGGGCAGAAGUUUGUGAACUUGGACAACUACAACAAGCUGGACCUUGUACUUCUGGCAGCAUGUGCGUUUUUGCUCAUCGUGCAGACGGGCCUCUUGUUUAUAAAGUUGGCCCACUUCACAAUUCACUUUAUAAUGGCGGGCCUGUACAUCCUCCUCAUCGCAGCGAGAUUCGUCCAUGCCAUAAAAUACGUUGAGCUGAUGGUCCAGUUCUUCACGAAAGAGGUUCAUCGUUUGCUGAACUCCGUCAUCUACUCGGCGUACGAGGCGGGCCACGCCAUCGUCACCGGUGAAGAGGAGGUCCAGAGGAACGUCUGGAAGUUCGUAGAAUCCACCGAGCUGGCCAUGGAGAUCCGCGGAAGGGCCACUCUCAACAGGCUCCUGGUGCUCCAGAAGAGUGCCUCUAUGCAGUCUCGCUUUCCGGACAUCAUAGUAGCCUUCCGCAGUCGCCAGGCCAGCACGAGCAUUCUGAACGACCUGAGCAAGGAGCUUAUCGACAUGCAGAAGGACGGGCAGCUGGACACGGAAGACUACAAGCUGAUACGAAUGAAAAUCCAGGCACAAAACAUGGCCAUCAUCGCCGAGGCGUGCAGUCUGCCCACAAGCUACAAACCCAUUGCCAUGCUCCGUGUGAUACCCUGGAUUACUUCAGACACAGUACGGCAAUUCCUAGCGAUAAAGAUUCGCCCAGUGUCCUUCGCCCCUCUCGAAGUGAUCGUAGAGCGGGGAGAAGAAAAUCCGAUUAUACUAACGUAUUCCGGAAUAUUGAAGAUUGAGGGCGAUUACGAGGACCUUGGCGACGGGGCGUUACCCAACUCCACGUCGCCGCUGUUCUUUUUCAACGAGGGAUACUUCGUGGACUACAUAGCGUCUCCGGCCUGCGUGGGGUACCUCGGCCUCAUCACCGACGAGCCCUCCAUCACCAGAGUCAUCGCCGAGACGCAGGUCAAUGCUUAUAUAAUUCCGAGAGAUCGCGUGAUAGAAGCCAUGGAAGAGUUCACGCAGCCACCAAGCUUUUACUACGAUGUGUUAUCCUACAUUGCCAGGACCAUUGGGCUCCUAGUUCUGCAAACACACCCGAAGUAUCAGACCUGGCCCGUGGACAAGAUCACGAGGCGACUGGACACGUUCCUGAUGCCCAACCUGGAGAGCGCGUCACGGUUUAUCCUGCCGCCGGACGUACACGACGCCAUCCUGGUGCAGGGAGUCGCCGUGGACCCCGAGUCUCAGGAGUCCCUCAUCGCUCCCAUUUACAUACCGCAGUCCGUGCGGAGGCUCAGCUUUCCCGGCAUCUUCCACCACCGGGUGUCUCCUGUGCUGAUCGUCAUCGCCGACAAGCGCUACCGGCUUCCGCAGGAACUGGACUGGAUGCAUAACGCCGACGUUGGCGGCGAGGACAACUACAAGAAGUUUAUGAACAACGAGUUCAGCCAACAGCAGCCUUACAUUGCGGACGACGGCUACUGAGUCUGCCCGCAACUAAU